CCCAGUUCCAUCAAAGCGAACCCGGGCCAGCGCAAGGAUCUCCGAGUUGCGAGUGUGCUGAGGCCGGGACUGUCACUCAUUCUCCGCUCCGCGCGUGAACGCAGCUCGGCAGCCGCUGGCAGGAAACAAUUCUGCAAAAAAUAAUCAUACUCAGCCUGGCAAUUGUCUGUCCCUGGGUCUGCCGCUCGGCCGCGGUCCACACUCGCUGCGAGGGGUCGAGGACACAGAAUUUACCUCAGCGAGAACAUCCUUCCCAGCCAGCAGUUUACAAUGCUGCAAACUACGGCUCUCAUCUGGACUUUGUUUUUCCUGGGAACUGCAGUUUCUCUGCAGGUGGAUAUUGUUCCCAGUCAAGGGGAAAUCAGCGUUGGAGAGUCCAAAUUCUUCUUGUGCCAAGUGGCUGGAGAUGCCAAAGACAAGGACAUCUCCUGGUUCUCCCCCAACGGAGAGAAACUCAGCCCAAACCAGCAGAGGAUCUCAGUGGUGUGGAAUGAUGACUCCUCCUCCACACUUACCAUCUACAAUGCCAACAUCGAUGAUGCCGGAAUUUACAAGUGUGUAGUCACUGGCGAGGAUGGCAGUGAGUCUGAGGCCACUGUCAAUGUGAAGAUCUUCCAGAAGCUCAUGUUCAAGAAUGCACCAACCCCACAGGAAUUCAGGGAAGGGGAAGAUGCUGUGAUUGUGUGUGAUGUGGUCAGCUCCCUGCCCCCAACCAUCAUCUGGAAACACAAAGGCAGAGAUGUCAUCCUGAAAAAAGAUGUCCGGUUCAUAGUCCUAUCCAACAACUACCUGCAGAUCCGGGGCAUCAAGAAAACAGAUGAGGGCACUUACCGCUGUGAGGGCAGAAUCCUGGCACGGGGGGAGAUCAACUUCAAAGACAUUCAGGUCGUUGUGAAUGUACCACCCACCGUCCAAGCCAGACAGAGCAUUGUGAAUGCCACUGCCAACCUGGGCCAGUCGGUCACCCUGGUAUGUGAUGCUGAUGGCUUCCCAGAGCCCACCAUGAGCUGGACGAAGGAUGGGGAACCUAUUGAGACUGAGGAAGAUGAUGAGAAGUACAUCUUCAGUGACGACAGUUCUGAGCUGACCAUCAGGAAAGUGGAUAAAAAUGACGAGGCCGAGUAUGUCUGCAUUGCUGAGAACAAGGCUGGCGAGCAGGAUGCAUCCAUCCACCUCAAGGUCUUUGCAAAACCCAAAAUCACAUAUGUAGAGAAUCAGACUGCCAUGGAACUGGAAGAGCAGGUCACUCUCACAUGUGAAGCUUCAGGAGACCCCAUUCCCUCCAUCACCUGGAGAACUUCCACCCGAAACAUCAGCAGCGAAGAAAAGGCUUCGUGGACUCGACCAGAGAAGCAAGAGACUCUGGACGGGCAUGUGGUGGUGCGCAGCCAUGCUCGCGUGUCGUCUCUGACCUUGAAGAGCGUCCAGUACACCGACGCUGGAGAGUACAUCUGCAUGGCCAGCAACACCAUUGGCCAGGACUCCCAGUCCAUGUACCUUGAAGUGCAAUAUGCACCCAAGCUACAGGGCCCUGUGGCUGUGUAUACUUGGGAGGGAAACCAGGUCAAUAUCACCUGUGAGGUCUUUGCCUACCCCAGUGCUACAAUCUCCUGGUUCCGAGAUGGUCAGUUGCUGCCAAGCUCCAACUAUAGCAAUAUCAAGAUCUACAACACACCCUCUGCCAGCUACCUGGAGGUGACCCCUGACUCUGAAAAUGAUUUUGGAAACUACAACUGCACUGCCGUGAACCGCAUUGGACAGGAGUCCUUGGAAUUCAUCCUUGUUCAAGCAGACACCCCGUCUUCACCAUCCAUUGACCGGGUGGAACCAUACUCAAGCACAGCACAGGUGCAGUUUGAUGAGCCAGAGGCCACAGGCGGAGUGCCGAUCCUUAAAUACAAGGCUGAGUGGAAAGUGCUGGGUGAAGAAGCAUGGCAUUCCAAGUGGUAUGAUGCCAAAGAAGCCAACAUGGAGGGCAUUGUCACCAUCAUGGGCCUGAAGCCUGAAACAAAGUAUGCAGUUCGACUGGCAGCCCUCAAUGGCAAGGGCCUGGGCGAGAUCAGUGCAGCCUCCGAGUUCAAGACACAGCCAGUCCAUAGCCCUCCUCCACAAGGGGAACCCAGCGCGCCCAAGCUUGAAGGGCAGAUGGGAGAGGACGGGAACUCUAUUAAGGUGAACCUCAUCAAGCAGGACGACGGUGGAUCUCCUAUCAGACACUACCUGGUCAAGUACCGAGCGAAGCUCUCCUCUGAGUGGAAACCAGAGAUCAGGCUCCCGUCCGGCAGUGACCAUGUCAUGCUCAAGUCCUUGGACUGGAAUGCUGAGUAUGAAGUCUAUGUCGUAGCUGAAAACCAGCAAGGAAAAUCCAAGGCAGCUCAUUUUGUGUUUAGGACCUCGGCUCAACCCACGGCCAUCCCAGCCAAUGGAAGCCCCACCUCAGGCCUGAGCACUGGAGCCAUCGUGGGCAUCCUCAUUGUCAUCUUCGUCCUUCUUCUCGUGGUUGUGGACAUCACCUGCUACUUCCUGAACAAGUGUGGCCUGCUUAUGUGCAUCGCUGUCAACCUAUGUGGAAAAGCUGGGCCUGGAGCCAAGGGCAAAGACAUGGAGGAGGGCAAGGCUGCCUUCUCGAAAGAUGAAUCCAAGGAGCCCAUUGUGGAAGUUCGAACUGAAGAGGAGAGGACUCCAAAUCAUGAUGGAGGGAAACACACAGAGCCCAAUGAGACCACGCCACUGACAGAGCCCGAGCUACCUGCUGACACCACAGCCACUGUUGAGGACAUGCUGCCUUCUGUCACCACCGUCACCACUAACUCUGACACUAUCACCGAAACUUUUGCCACUGCUCAGAACAGCCCCACCAGUGAGACCACUACACUGACCUCCAGUAUUGCCCCGCCGGCCAUAGCCGUGCCAGACUCAAAUUCUGUACCCACUGGCCAGCCCACCCCUUCCAAGGGGCCCGGCAUCACUGCCGCCUCCACAUCCCCAGCCUCAGCCCCCAAGGUUGCUCCCCUUGUUGACUUAAGUGAUACCCCGACCUCAGCCCCUGCUGCUAACAAUUUGUCCUCUAGUGUCCUGGCUAAUCAAGGAGCUGUGCUUAGCCCAAGCACUCCUGCUGGUGUUGGGGAGGCCUCCAAGGUCUCUCCAGCCAGCAAGCCCACCCCUGCCCCAACCUCCACCCCAGCGGGGGCAGCCAGUCCUCUAGCAGCAGCGGCUGCCCCCGCCACAGAAGCCCCCCAGACCAAGCAGGAGGCCCCCAGCUCCAAAGGCCCGGACCCAGAGCCCACCCAGCCUGGCACCACGAAGAGCCCACCCGAGGCAGCCACAGUCCCUGCUAGCCCGAAGAGCGAGGCUGCCUCCAUCAGCACCACAAACCCUUCCCAGGGCGAGGACUUUAAAAUGGACGAAGGGAACUUCAAGACCCCAGAUAUUGACCUUGCAAAGGAUGUUUUUGCAGCCCUGGGCUCUCCUGCUCCCGCCGCUGGGGCCAGUGGACAAGCCCCUGCGCUUGCUCCUUCCACUGCAGACAGCUCUGUUUCGCCUGCACCAACAAAGACCGAAAAGGGUCCUGUAGAAGCAAAGCCGGAGAGCCAGGAGUCAGAAGCAAAGCCAGCGCCAACUGAAGUCAAGACGGUCCCCAAUGAUGCCACACAAACAAAGGAGAAUGAGAGCAAAGCAUGAUGGGGGCCAAGCCACGAGCUAAGAUCAAAAUUAAAGUGACACAGCGGCUUCACCAGAGCAUUCCCGUCUCUCUCACACACACACAUACACACACACACACACACACACACACACACACACACAAAAUCUCAUCUCCUCUAGUGUCUUUUGCCUUUAAAAAAAAAAAAAACAGAUAAACAUGGGAUCGCCUUUUUGUAGGUUUCUAGAAAGGGCUCCUUUGUUGCACACUCACUUGUUAAAAAAAAAGAGACAAAAAGGUUAAACCCACAGCCAAACUAGGACACUUCGUUCCCUGAAACCAUUUAAAAAUCAAACAAAAGGACCCCAAAUUAAGAAUCUAGGAAGCUCGGAGAAAAAAAAAAUCUAGGUUCAGGAAGACCACACUUGCUGUUGUUACCCAAUUGGCACAGACCAGUUUCAGAGAAAUGCUUCCAGGCACUCAGACGAACCGAAUGAACCAAGUCCACAGUUUAUUUUUAUACUUUCAGUCAAGUUCGAACUCUGUAAAACCUCAUAAAUAAGUUAUAAUUUCUGUUCACUUUGUAUUUGUUCAGUAUGCAAAGUGUGUCACCCUCUCUAGCUGAAUUCAGUUCCCAUGUAGACACUUGUUUCGUAGGAAGAAUGCCAAAUCACAGCUUCUGGGGAUAGAUCUCAAUGUGCAGUAUUGGGAUUUCUUUUGCUUUCUUUUUCUUCCAUUGUUUCUUUUCUUUCCUUUUCUUCCUUUCUUCCAACUUUGCUUUCCAGUGUUUACAAGUUGACAGAGACGUUUGAGUUCAGUUAUGUUUCAUGUCCAUGUAAAAUAGCUGCCUUUUUUUUUUUUUCUUUAACAAAUACCGCCUAGAGGCAGGCAGGAUCCUCACAGAUUGCUUUAGCAUGGGGCAACAUUAUGAAAGAUGAUUGUUUACAGUGGCUCUUCCCUCAUUCCCAUUUGCAAGUUUUACCUGUGUCCAACUCAGGUGAAAAUCCGUCUCAUUCUGGAAUGGGUUUGUCUUUUUGCUUUUUGGUUCUUUUGCUGUUUGUUCGGUGGGGGGUUAGACCACUUUCUGACUAGCUGCCACUUGCCUGUGUCUGACACUGGACCUCCUCCCAGGCGUCCACACACCCUUCCUUCUGAAGGACUCCUUCGGCUUUGUUGAAUGAAGCGGAGAAGAUUGUAUAGUUGGGGCUGGUCUUGGUGAACACACAUUUUUACCCCAAACAUCCCCUUUUGUAGAAAGCCAAAUAAAAUAUAUACAUACCAUUUUCUUUUGAGCCCAGAAUCUAGAUUUGAGCGGAAGAGCAUGUGUGCUUCAGGGAAUUAGUGUCUUUGUUUGGAAAUCUGUUGAAGUGAAGUAACGUCAGCCUUCUGUUCACUUAGACAGCAUUCGUAAAAACAAAGGAAAAAAAAAAAAACUACUGUCUAGAGUUAUAACACAACUUUCCU